AUGAGCAUGCGGAAAAUGCAAGAGAAGUUUGUCCUCGCAUUAGGACAACACAAUAUUCCAGGACUCAGAUGGGUUCUCGAAGGAUUCAAUUACUAUGACACUCAGCGUGUGAAAGAAGUGGGAGCGGAUCGGGCUGCAGCCGAAUGGGUUGUUCGGUGUGGAGGAAAGAUCAAGUUCGCACAGAUCGACGAGAGCUUCGGAGAUUAUAAUUGUUUGGUGAAAAGAACGGCUCAGUUGGAUCCAAGGCUUCCAGAAGAUAAUGUGUCAUUGGAGACUAUCGAGGCGAUUGACGCGAGUGUUACAGGAUUCGGAUGUCGUCAUUUUGAAAACCUCUCUGCCAUCAAGAAUGUCUAUUUCAUCCGUUGUAAAAAUCUUCACGAUUUCGGACUGGAAUACAUGGGACAACAUGUAGGAGGUCAUCUCAAAACUCUUCACAUCGAAGAAUGUCGUCGAAUCACCGAAUUUGGAUUGGAGCAUCUUAAGAAGUUCACUGCCCUCGACAAACUUGUUCUUCGAAAUUUGAAGAGCGUCCAUGGCAAGGAGAAAGUGGAACAGAAGAUUCGUGGUGCCCUCCCUAAAACUGACAUUCAGUUUGAAUUGUAG